GCUGUUAUGUUUCACCGUGAGGUUACCGUGUUUUAAUCAGGUGUUGUAAACGACAUUUUUGUAAUAUAUUUCACAUGAUGGCAUCUGGACAAGCCAAUACCCUAAAACGUGUGUAUACUUACCGCCUUCAAGCCCUCCUAAUUGAUGGUGGAACGGAAGUCAUUCGUAGCGUCUUCGACCAACUAACCGGUGUACCUUUAACUGUUCAUCUAAGCAACAGCCAUACAAUCAUCUCUCAGCUUAAGACUGCACGUAUCAUAACGCAAGCGCAAUAUGCGAAACUUUUCCAAACACCCGGAAAUCCAACGUCAGCAUCAUCUUCAGACUUAGACAUGACGCUACUUGUAUGUUUGCUUCAAAGUACAUGUGGGUUGAAAAAAAGGAAAGAUCCUAUUUGGUUUACACAACCAGCCCAGAAUGACAUGUCCGUGGAAGCAGAUAUUGUCAGAAUGAGAUAUUUCCGAAAUGAGCUUUCACAUAGAGAAUCUGUCGCCGUUUCACAACAGUAUUUUAAGGCAAAAUGGAGCGAAAUUGAAACGGUUCUGUUAAGAUUAAAUGGUAAUUGUCAAACUGGCAAUCCAAAUCUUCAAACACAGUUAAAUGAUUUUAAAACUGGCACUGUCGAUGAAGAAUCACAAGAGCGGUAUGAUCAGGAACUUAAAGACUGGGAAGAAAUGGAAAAAGUCGUGAUGGCAGAACUAGGAGAAAUAAAUCAGAUGUUACAAGAUGAGAGUUGUAGGUCAAGAACAAUUGCGAAAGAAGUUACUGAAAUACGUGUGAAUGUUCAGGGAAUUCAACAAACUUUCUCACCAAGAGUGGAAUCACUUAAAGCUGUUUCAGAGCACCAUUUCAACCAGACGAAAGAAAACCAAGACCUGUUUGUGAGAACUGCGACGUAUAAAAAAGCUUGGGAAAGAUUUAAACCUGGGAUCACUAUCUUAAGCGGCUACUCUGGUGAAGGAAAAACCACAGUGGCAUCACAAAUGCUUAUCGAGGCAUGCCCUUCGGAGAAAAUCAUCAAACUAUCAACCCCACAAGACUGGGAACAAUUAAAUAUCAAACACUGGAAAGGGGUUUUCAUUGACGACAUAUUCGGAUCUGACGCAUUCGAUGAAUAUAAGGCGAAUCACUGGAAGCAUCAUUUAAACGAUUUGGAAUCUGCAGCACAUUCACUGCAACUGUAUGUUGUAAUAACAACACGUCAGAAUAUUUUAAAUGAAGCGAAUGAUCGUCAUAAUUUAAAUCUAUUCAAAGAGGAGAAUGUCACGAUUCUCAACUCUUCAGACAUUUCCGAGGAUGAGAAAACGCAUAUACUAAGGCUUCGUUUAGAAAAGAACAAACGAGAGUAUUCUGAUGCUAGUCUGAAUUUGUGUAUUUCAGGUUGGAACAGUAACGAGUGUAAAAUAGGGUUUCCUGAAUGUGCCGUCAUGUUUGCAACAAAUGACACACUGUUUACAAAAGGUCCACAGUUUUUUGCAGCGCCAUUUGAAUUUUUCCGUAAGUGCAUUGCUGAACUUUCACAAAAUGAAAACGAAUACAUGAUACUCAUACUUAUAUGGACGAAACCAUCUAGAAAGUUGUCAAAGUUUGAUCUCGAGAAGACAAAUAUUACCUCGCUUUCGGACGUAGCCGCAGAAUUGGGUUAUCCACUGCAUGAGAAAUCAAGGACACUGAGAAAAACGCUUAAGCACCACAAAGAUGGCUUACUAAGUCUUACGGAUAGGAAAGACGAAUACACAUUCAGUCACAACGUGAUUGGAGAUGUUGUCGGACUUGAAAUUGGCAAAGAAUAUCCAAAUUUAGCAAUUAAAUACGGAUCAAAAAGUUUCGUUAUGAGGUAUGUCAAGACAAGCACAACUGCCACCACAGAUUGCAUUAUUGUGGAUGAUAGAAGAUACUCUGUUCUCAGCAAGAAAUUGAAUCACUUACUUUUUGAGAAGAAUGAGUCGUUUGCAGUACUAGAUGUCACGCUAAAAGAAUUUAGAAUCAACAGCAAAGGAAUUGAAAACACACGCAUUUCACAGUCAAUCCCAGAUAUAUCAGUUCUUGAACACGAGGCCUUCGGCAAUGCAACGUUUGUUCAAGAGUACAUUGAUCCUGCAAAUGAAAACGACAUCGUAAACACGCCAAUUUUAGAAGUCUAUGAACAUUUUCGCAAUCCUUACUGUAUUCAGUUCGAAUAUGGAGAACUGGGUAUGUGUAUUCCUACAUUCCUUCUUGCAAAGAAAAAUGAACAAAUGAUCACUGAAUGUAUUGAACAUGAUAUGCUGACAGACAGAGAAAAAUACAUUGCAUUACUGUUUGCAACACGCGAUAAUAAUGAAGCGAUGGUUCGGCAACUCAUAGAAGCAGAUGUGGGCGUGAAUGAAGAUGCAUUGCAGAUUGCGACUGUCAACGAAAAUAUCAAAAUCUUGAAACUCCUAUUACUUCAUUUUCGGCAACGCAAAGCAACCAAAAGUCAUAUACAGAAACGAAAUUCCCCAUUGAUCACGGCGACCAAGAGACAUUCCCUAGACACUGUUACCUGUUUGCUUCAAAGUGGUGUAGAUAUUAAUUACGCAAAUGAGGACGGUCUCUCCGCAAUUGAUAAGGCUGUUAUAUGCAAAUGUGUUGAUAUAUGUGAGGCUUUGACUGAAAAGGGAUGUAACUUGGAUGCUAAAAGCGGAAAAUUUAAACGCACACCUCUGCACAAAGCAGUCGACAUGGGAUGCCUCGAUAUUGUAAAAUUACUUUUGAAUGUUGGAGCCUCUGUAUACACUACAGAUCAUCGUGGGAAAUAUCCUAUUCAUACAGCAGCUAUUUGCGGUCAUACUGAAAUUCUCCGACUUCUGCUAAAAGAAGAUAAGACUCUUGCAGUUAGACCAUUCAACACAGUAUUACGUGGAAACAAAAUAAAAAAUCUGACGCUCUACCAUUACGCUGUAUGGAAAGAAGACGAGAUAUUACUCAAGGUCCUCAAGGAGUUUGAAAUAGAUCCAAAUAUACAAGAUAUAUGUGGUAGGACACCUCUAUACCUGGCAACCUACUACAACAAACCAACGUUUGUCGAGCUUCUUGUAGAUAUAGCAGAUGUUAAUAUACCUGAACGAAAUGGAUAUACACCAUUACAUGCAGCGUCGUCAAACCUGAAUCCAAAAAUUGUCAGACUAUUGUGCUGUUCUAAUGUAAAUAUUCGUAUGAUCGACAGAAAGGGAAACACUGUGUUUCAUGUCUUGGGAAACGUAAACGAAAAUGCAAUAGGAGGCGACGAGAAUUUCGAAGACCCAUUGGCUCGUAUAAUGGUUUCAGAGUGUGUAAAGAUACUAUUAGAAAAAGACCCAGAAUUUGAGUACGAGCUAAACAGAAUGCCAAACAAAGAUGGUUUAAUUGUCUCUGCGAAAUGUGAGCGAGAUACAUAUUCGCUUGUAUGUAAAUAAACGUAUAUUUUUGGGUGUGUAUCACAAAGUAAUUGCGUUUGCACGGUCAACAACUAAAUGAAUUUUAAUUUUUCUGCUCUGAGCAAUUCCUUUUUCUGGACAGUUGCAUUCUAUGUCUAUUUUAUUUAUAGAUAAAAACCUCACUUUUGACAAAAAAUUUGUUUAGUGUUACGUAAACCUUUGAACUCAGGUGGACUCAACUGUCACCGAUUUCGCUCGAUAUGCCAUCAUUUUAAUUUACCAAUCAGUACAAAAUUACAGUGUUUAAUUGGUGCAUCAUUUAAUGUUGUAUUCGAUGUAAGAUUCUUUUAUACCAUUGCUAUUUCAUUACACUUCAUCUGUUAGAAAGUGUCAGAUUGUUGCUGCAUUGAAAAUAGUUUCAUAAUAAAAAUUAUGAAAAGUACAAAAUUGGUAGGUCUUGAUUACACCAUGUUGAGUAGCACAGAAACAUUUGUUUCCAGUUAUUUCUGCUUUAUUUAUAGCAGACAUGACAUUUAUGGUCUUCUGUAGCUAAGAAGUGGCUAAGAUUCCAUGAAUUAGUACAUGCAAGAUUUGAUUCACCUUAAACAUGUUAGAUAAAUUGUUUUAGGAAUUGAUUGAUAGUUCUUCGAAAACAUUUCAAAAAUAUGGAGUGAGCGAGCGAUUUUUUUUUUGGAUUUUUUACCCAAAUUUGAAUUUUUGAGAGGCGGGCACAUUUGUCAUGAAGCGAGCGGGAUAUUUUUCAUAUUUAUAAAAAAUUAUUAACUAUUUUAAUGGCACGUUUCCAAAUAAUACCAUUGUGUAGCAUACAAAGGUCUAGUAAUGGUGUUACUGAUCUGCAGCACAAUAAAAAUGUGUAUUUUUCCUUUUUAUGUACAGUCGUGCUAAUAAUAUGAAAGUAUUUCAAAUAUGC